UCUCACACAAAACAUUCAAAACAUAACCUCAAUUUUUGCAAAAGAUGCAAAAAUAGUGGAGCUGAUGAUGAUUUCUUGGUCUCUUUACGCGUAAAUUGUGGGCUCUUUAGUGGAUUUUGUGGCAGUAAUGGCAGCCUCUUAUAACCAGGAGGGAGUAGUGUUUGAUAUUUCCAUUGUUAAGGAAGAGUAUGAGGUCCAGGAAUGGGAUGAAGAGAGCAAUACGAAUGAAGACACAAUGGGAAAUUACCCUGUACAUCCUAAAAACAUUCCGAGUACUUCAUCUAAGAAAAGAGUCCUUGUUAAUCAGUCAUCAAGGAGGCAAAGAGGAGGUUCUGCAAUACAACCAAGAUCAUCAUCUGAAGAUAUGGAAUACAUUACGGAUUUAUCUCUGGAGGAGAUAGUACAAAAGUCCCUGGAAACAAUGACUCGUGAUAAAUUCUUCAAUUGUUGCGUCUGCUUCAAGCGCUUCAAAUACAAUGGCCCGAAGGAUGUGAGGAAGCACAUGGUUAUUCAUAUGCGCAAUAGACCUUCCUACCCGUGUCAAUUUUGUCACAAAACAUUCCUUUGGGAAGAUAGUCAGUUGCGGCAUCAGGUACGUUGUUCCGGAAUGCCAAUGAAUGGUGCAACUGAUAUGGAACAUCCGGUAUUUGGGAAUCUCGUUAGUUCUCUCACCAUUGAUUCCUCCACCCAUGACGUGUCUUCAUCCCAAAGUUAUCCAUCGAUUGUAUCAUCUCGAAGAGAUAAUAUUCCGGAACACUUUUCCUUCCAGCCAUCAACAAAUCAGAGCCGAAGAGAUCGAAUAAUUGACUUGUCGGAGGAUUCUCCAACAGAAGAGAACAAUUCUGAUGCAUUGAACUUCCAGACUGAGGUGCAGAGAACUUCCAUUUCUUGCACAAAAUGCCCCAUAAAGUUGAACGAUAAGACUGCCUUUGAGGAUCACAUGAGGAAUCAUGAAAUGAAUAAAUCUACAAAAUAUGUCUGCAGGUACUGCGGGAACAAGUACAAAUGGGUGGCUAGUUGGAAGCAGCAUGAGGAGAUUUGUAAGCAAAUUAAGACUAAGCCCAAAUUUUCAUGUCAAACCUGCGGGAAUAGGUAUCAUGAGAAGGUUUCUCUGCUUGGGCACAAGCUAACAUGUCGAAAAAUUAUUAAAAAUUAUUCAGCUGGAGUAUCUGGGAAUACCCAGCCGGAAAAGUUAAGCAGUGAAAGGGGAGCCAAUGUAUCAUAUCCCUGUGGCAUAUGUGGCAAUACGUACAAGACAAUGCAAAUAAUGCGACGACAUAAGAGGAAGUGCCAAGCUACAGAAGGUACACCAAAGUAUUCGUGUGACAACUGUGGCAAUAGAUUUCAUCGGCAAGUCUCAAUGGUGCAUCAUAAGAAUGUCUGUAGCUACCAAAUGGCGGCUUUUUCCAAGGCACUGAAGCCUGAAAAUACCACAAAUGUUGCUGCUGAUGAUCAGCCGGAAGAUGUUCAGAAUGUUUCAGAAGGAGAAUAUGAGGCCAUCACCCUGACGUGCCACACUUGCAGUCAGACAUUCAACAAUUGGACACACUUGAUGUCUCAUCAAAGGAAUGCGUGCACAAGGGUAGAAGGUACACAACCAUACUGCUGUGGCUUCUGCAAAAAAGGCUUCAAUGACGAAUACUGCAUGGAUCGACACUACAGAAUUUGUGCCAAUAAAUACAUUUCACAGAGUCCCACGAUAGUUCCGGACAAUGUGCAAGAGACACCAACAACGGCUAUUCCAAGUUCACUGCUGAACAGCUUCAAAUGCCCUCAAUGCAGAAAGGAAUUCACGGAGAAAAAAGUAUUGGAAAAGCAUAUGAUUGUCCACAAGCCAAAUCGUCCGCGGUAUUCAUGUGAAAUCUGUGGCAAUAUGUAUCUGUGGAAAAACGAUAAGGAAAACCAUAAGAAGCAAUGUGCCAAAAUGCACAAAUUACCCACACUCCAAUGUCAAUACUGUCAAAAUAAAUACCACACAGAUAUUGCCCUGAACGGUCAUAUGCGAUUCUGCAAGAAGGCUCAUAAGAAGACUCAAGAAAACCAAUCUCCCUCCCUACACGAAGAUGCGUAUUCCAAUGAAAAUCUUGAGCUCCUUAAUUGCUCAAUUUGUGGUAAAAUGUUCAGUAAGAAGGAUUACUUGAAGAUCCACAUGAGGACACACACAAAACCCGGCUCCUCAUUUGCCUGUGAUCUCUGUGGGAAUUUGUACAGGAAUUUCCAAUUGCUGAAGACGCAUCGAAAAGAGUGUCAGGACGCUGAAGGUGUCCCCAAGUGUGUUUGCCUCAUUUGUGGCAAUAGAUUCCACGAUGAGCAUUCAAUGGAGGAACAUCGGAAGACCUGCAGUAUCCACAACCUCACGCAAACGGGAAUUGAUUCAGACAGCGAUUUUGCAAUGAGUAGUGAUGAAACUUCUGUUGCACAAGAAGUUCAAGAUGAGCCAAUUAAUUUGGAUGAUGAAGAAAGUGACAAAUUGGAGGAACCUCAAGGAUCGUCACAUGAUGUUGCCGAAAAUCCCGAUGAGGCUCCACAAACAGUUCAAGGGAAUGAAGAGAAUUUAACGUUUGAUGAAUGUUUGGAAAAGUCUCUGAAAACAAAGACUCCUGAUAAAUUUGUAAACUGCUGCAUUUGCCAGAAGCGCUACAAAUGCGCCUGUAAGUCUGAUUUUAAGGAUCACAUGUACACCCAUUUUAAGGACAAACUCAGGUUUUCAUGCCGAUAUUGUGGAAAAAAAUUUCACUGGAAGAGCCGGGCGUACCUUCAUGAGGCAAAAUGCCCGAAGAAUACAGAGAAGUUUACUUGUGGAAAUUGCGGAAGUAAAUUCAGCGAUGAAUCAUCUUUCAAGCAACAUCAAGGUGAAUGUAUUGCUCCAAAGCCAAAAGCCCAAGAUUCCUGCAAAGAUUCGGCUGAAGAGAAUGCUAAGGGAAGGGAUGAAAGUGAUGAAUUUCAAGGAAAAUCAGAAGAUCAGACACCAACCAAGAGCAACCAACAGUUGUACAGAUGCAAAAUUUGUAGUACGGAAUUCAAGAGUAGGUACCUCAUGGUGAGACAUUCAAUUGCUCACAUGCAAAAUAUGGAAUAUGGAAGAGCAAUCUUUUCCUGCAUAUCCUGUGGAAAUAGGUACUUGAGGAAGAAUGAAAUGAGGGCACAUGAGAAGAAAUGCCAAAUAGCAACCACUCUACCCACAUUUCCAUGUGAAAUUUGCGGAAAUAUGUACUACACUGAGGAUAUUUUGCGUUUUCACGUUAAAACGUGCAAUGGACUACCAAUGGCAGCCUUUGAGAGUAUUCCAGCUGCUGAUAAGGAAGCUUCAAAUGAGGCACUAAAUGCUGCAAUGAACAACAAGAAGCUCAGCGAAAAAGAAGUAAAAGAUGAACUACAAAAGCCUACAAAGACUGCUAAACGAAAGCGUAAUGAAAGGAGUAGCACUGAAUACUCAUCGAAGGAUUCCGUGGAAGGUGAUAAUUUAAUUAGGAUAGACGGGAGAGACUUAACAUUGCAUGAAUGCGUUAAAUUGACACUCGAAACAAUGACCCCAUAUAAGGUCUUUACAUGUUGCUACUGCCACAAGCAGUACAAAUACAAUGGACCGAGUGAAUUGAUGAAGCACAUGAGUAUUCAUUUGAACAAUCGUCCUUCGUAUCCCUGCAAAGUGUGCGGAAGGACAUUUUUCUGGGAGAAGAGUCACAGUAGGCACGAAGCACAAUGCAAACAUAGCAUCCAGGAUGGUUUCUUCUGCUGUACAAUUUGCAAAAAAAAGUAUGAGACUGAGAAGGAUGUGGAAGUUCAUAUGAUGGAGCAUAUCAACAGAUCAAAGUCACGAGCAAAUGAGGGAGAAAGUUUGGAAUUUUCAUGUAAAAAUUGCGGAAUCCGAUAUCAAACUGAAAGUUCUCUAAUUGCUCAUGCAAAGAUUUGCAGUAAGAUGCAAUGCUUUGAAGCUCAAACUUAUCCUGAAAUCCAUGUAAUAAGUGAUGAUGAUGAAUCAACGGAUGAAUCAUCAAAUUCAUUUGUUGAAGUUGCUGCUGCUUUACAAGUUGGAUGCUAUUCAAUUGUGCGCAGCGGAUGUUUUGAGCAUAAUUUUGGUACAGCAAUGGAGGAGGAAGUGGAAGUACAAGAUGAAUUAAUGGACUUGUCCAUUGUUAAGAAGGAACUUGCUGGUGAUGCAUUCACAUUGGAGGACUCGGUAGAUGAUGAAAGAGAAUCCUUGGAGGAGUUACAUCCAUUGGAUGCUGUAGAAGCUGAAUUGGCAAUAAAGGAGGAGGAUGACGUUUGUCGUGAUUUGUCUUUUGAUGAGAACGUUGAGAAAUAUAUGGAAACUUCAACUUCCGGUGGGGCUAUGCGUUGUUGCUUCUGCAACCGCGGCUUUCGGCAGAAGUUUAUGCUAAAGCGUCAUUUGAGCAUCCAUAUGGACAAUAGACCGUCAUUUUCGUGCGAAUUCUGCGGUAAUAGCUACACCUGGAUAGAUAGCUUGCGGCGACAUUCACAGAAAUGCAAGAAAAAUGCACAUACCGUCGCGCAGUAUCGCUGCACAACCUGCUGGAGGAAUUUCAAUCAGGAAAUUUAUCUCAUUGAACAUCAAAAGGACUGCAGUGGCCAAAAGGGUACACCCUCAAAUUCAUUGAACAUCAAUACAACUCCCGAUGAUGCUCAUGAUGAAACUACAGCGUUUGCGGAUGUUGCUGGUGAUGCAGCUUCCCGGAAUGAUGGAAAAUUGGAUUUGUUUGAAUGUGGUAUUUGCUACAAAAAAUUCAAAAAUAAGGACUUUUUUGAGAAACAUCAGGGCAUUCAUACACUGCUGCAGACUCCACACAAUUGCAACACCUGCGGUAAUACGUACAAAUAUCGUGGGAGUCUUGUGAGGCAUCAGCUCAUGUGUGAGAUAAUGGAAGAACCAACAAUCCCCUACACCUGUCCUAAUUGUGGAAACACCUUCAAUCAGGUGCUCACCUUGACGCAACAUCGAAAAGUUUGCGGACAGCAGCCUAAGAGUCAGAAGCAACAGGAAGAAGGUCCCUCAAAGCCCCCGGAUGUGGAGGAAAACACAACAAAGGGAGUCAAUGAAGAAAAAAUGAUACCAAGUGAUGUCAAAAAGGCAACCCGACGUGUCUUUUCAUGCCAAAUCUGCGGAAAUACGUAUCGACAUAGCCACAGCAUGAAAAGGCAUCAGAGAAUGUGCAAAGAAAUGGGGGAUACAGCCAAAUUUUCUUGCUCAAUUUGUGGAAAUAAAUUCCACGAGAGGAUUUCAAUGAUUCAACACUGGAGAGUCUGCAGAGGACAUGUUAAGAAGGUUUCCGGGAUUGUCAAACAGAAGCCCGGCGUCAAAAUGAUAAGAAUUCGAACAAGGAAAGUAGGUUUGUUCCCCUGUGGUAUAUGUGGGAGAACGUAUACGUGGGAAUCGAACUUACGGAGGCAUCAGAAGACAUGCACAAAGGAUGUGAAACCCCCGGAGAAACCAAUGGAGAAUCUUCUUCGUUUUUCGUGUCAGAAAUGCGGAAGUAUGUUCAAUGAGCAGUCUAUGCUUGAUACACAUGCAAAAAUCUGCAGUAGUAAUGUUCCGAUGGAUGUUAUGAAGGAGCUGAAUGAAGAUUUUGCAGUUACAACAGCAACGAAAACUGCAACAACUGCUGCCAAUGCAAGGGUGGAAGAGCAAAGGCCACGUCUCAAGAAGCAAAUCCUCUAUUCGUGCAGAAUUUGUGGUAAUGCCUACAAGCACCGUGGAAGUAGAUUCAGGCAUCAGAAAGAAUGCGAACUAAAGGCCAGCAAACAACAACUUACAUGCCUAACGUGUGGAAAUAAGUUUCGCGACGUCAGUGCACUCGAAGUGCAUCGAAAUUCAUGUAGGGCAGUGACUAAAAAUCCUCAAAAGCCAGACGUGCUCACUGGGAGUGAGAAUCAAGGUGAGAAGCGCCUGAAGCCAUCGAGAAAAGGAGUAUUUUCGUGUGAAAAUUGUGGAAAAAUCUACGCAUGGAAAUUUACUCUGCAACGUCAUCAGAGAAAGUGUUGCAAAAAUGAUGCAACCUCGCGGCAGACACUGCCAAAAUUAUCACCAAAGAAGGAGGAUAGAAAGGAAGCCAUUUUGAGUGUAAAAUCAGAGAUAGAGGCUUCAACUGCUACAACUGAAGAUCAGUUGAAACAGGAAGGAAAGCCAAAGGACGCCAUUGCAACUGCAUCAUCAUCAGGGUAUUCAUGCAAAAAUUGUGGAAAUGUCUACAAACACAGCACAAGUAUGAUCAGGCAUCAGAGGAUUUGUGAAGCUCUCGGGCUUAGACCACAAAUCUCUUGUUCUGGCUGUGGAAAUAAAUUCCACAAUCAAUUUUCACUGCUGCAGCACAAGAAAGCUUGCAGUGGAGGCGACACAGUUCCAGUUAUUGAGAAAAAGAAAAUAAUUCUGGGACCUGGAAUAAUCCGAAAGAGGCGCUUUGUGAGGAAGAAGGGAUCACAUUCCUGUAAAAACUGUGGAAAUGUCUACCAGUGGAAGUACACGAUGCAGAGGCAUCAGAUGAAGUGUGAGAAAAGGCAUGGAAAACCCGAAUUUUCAUGUGAAAGCUGUGGAAAUAAAUUCUAUCAGAAGAAUUCGCUUAUGGGGCACAUUAAUAAGUGUCCAAAGAGGCAGGAAGCUGAGAAUAGAGAAGAGAAGGAAGAAGGAAAAGAAGGAGGAAAUACUGGAGGAAUGGAAGAAAACAAUGAAGGAGAACAGGAAGACAUCAAGGAGGGAAAAGAGAAGAAAGACAAAGUUAAAGGAAAGAAAGGAAGCAAGAAAGAAGAAAAAGAGGAAAAUAUCCAGGACUUCCGUGAACAUCAGCAGCCAAAGACCACGACUUGUAGUGAUGGGCUUCCAGUAAAACAGCUAACUCCCCAUUCAUGCAAUUCCUGUGGCAACAGCUACAAACACAGCUCAAGCCUCUAUCGCCACUAUUCAUCUUGCAAGGGAAAAGUUGAAGCAGCUCCAACGCUAUCUUGCACAAUGUGUGGAAAUGUGUUCCACGAAGAAGCGUCCUUUGUGGAACAUGUUAAAAUAUGCGGUGAACAGGCUGAGCAAGUUUUGGAGAGUUCUUCCAAUGUACAAAAGCCCGCAAAAGAAGAUGAAAAGUCAAAGAAGGAUGAUCAAAUGGAAGCAUCCAGUGAAAUUGAGAAUCAAAAGAAUCUCUCAGAAACUUUGAGUACGUCACCACAGUACGUUUGCAUAAUUUGUGAGAAUAAUUUCAACGGAAAGAUCUCAUUCGAUGCACAUAUUGAUGAAUGCCGAAAGCUCUUUUGGGACACAAAGGAUGAUUCAAGUGAGGAGUCAGAUGAACAGCCUGAUCCUCCGGAAGAGAUUAAAAUAUUUGAGUGUUCCAUUUGCUCAACGUCCUUCAAGUCAAAAACAGACAUGAUGGACCAUGCUGUGACGCACAUGAAGAAUAAACCACGACAUACCUGCAAAUUAUGCGGCAAUACGUACGCAUGGAAGAGAAAUCUCCUCAAGCACAUGGAACAAUGUGAGAAAAUCCCGCAAAAAUCUCCAAUUUCUGGAAGCUCUUCGGCUAAUGCUGGCUCCGAAAUGCUAAAAUGUCCGUUCUGCACGAAGAAAUUCAAGCAAGAAAUCAACCUGAAGAAGCAUUUAGUUAAACAUGAUGCGGACAAGAACACUAGGUUUGCGUGCAAGUAUUGUGGCAAUAAAUAUCGUCACAAUGCAAGCCUCUAUAGGCAUCAAAACUCUUGCAACGCAGGAAAUAGUUCACCAAAGGAGAUUUGCCGAUUCUGUGGCAACAAGUUCCACGAUAGAUUCUCCCUUUUGCAGCAUUGGAAGGUCUGCGACUUCAAGAUUAAAGGUCAAGCAUCAGAGGAGCUCAACAUGAGCAAGAAAUCACAAGGAGGAAGGUCAAAGAAGGACUCUCAAAUGAAUGAAGAAGAAGCUUUUGAUGCUUUCUUUGCAAAUCAAACUUCAGACACAAAUGAUGAGGAAAUUGAUAUGACGGAGCCAUUGGAGGAUCAAUGCAUGGACUCUCAAGCAGUUGAUAUGGCAAAUGUGAAUCAACAAAGCACAAAUGGGCAGUUUGUGGUAAAAAUUGAGGAGAAGGUUGUUCAGGGAAAUCAUCUGAAUGCCUAAA